UAUGAUUUCUCUGAGGUGCUGCGAUGGUUCGGAGAGCGGGUGGACCGCAUCAUCCUCCUCUUCGACGCCCACAAACUGGACAUCUCAGACGAGUUCUCCGAGGCCAUCAAGGCCUUCCGUGGCCAGGACGACAAGAUCCGCGUGGUGCUGAACAAGGCUGACCAGGUGGACAGCCAGCAGCUUAUGAGGGUCUACGGAGCUCUGAUGUGGUCCCUGGGGAAAGUCAUCAACACACCCGAGGUGGUGAGGGUCUACCUAGGCUCGUUCUGGGCCAAGCCCCUGCAGAACACGGAGAACCGGAGGCUCUUUGAGGCAGAGACCCAAGACCUCUUCAAGGACAUCCAGGGCCUGCCCCGGAACGCUGCCUUACGCAAACUCAAUGACCUCAUCAAACGGGCUCGACUUGCUAAGGUAAGCUGUUACUGUAACUGUACUCCCCCAGUCCCUGCCCAUUCCUGUGCUGUCCCUGGACGCCAAUAGUCCUAGUAAGACCCAUGUCUCUACUAGUGAUGGGUAUAUUAAAUAUACUUUGACUCGAUUUGUAAAAUAUUUUAUAUUUUUUGCUAGGUAGUGUUAGCUAGCGCUAGUCGGCUGUACGGUACCUUUGCAAAACUCUGGUAUUUUUCAUCCUAUAACUUGUUCUCGAUCUUCUUUUUAAAUAGUGAGCCAACUUGUUUUCAGCAACUGAUCAAAACUAAUUUUACAAUGCUCUCUCUUGUCUCUCUGCAGCAGACAUAUAGUGAGCAAUAUGUUUGGAACAUCAAAUCGCAAUAGAAUCGCAGUAUAGAAUUGCAAUACAUAUCGUAUCAGCACCAAAGUGUGCUUAAGAUCCCGGACUGCAUCUUUAAGUCUGUUGUGCAAAGUGAACACUUCCUCUGGGUCCCCUUGACCCCUGGUUUCCACUAUUUCCAUUCAGAGCUCCUUCCACAGCAUUACAUGGAGCAGGCUGGUACUUAAGUCUCCCUGCAGCACACGGAACAAUUUAUACAGAACAGAGGAGGGUCAUUCCUCAGAGUGUAGCCUUAUCUCUUCCGCAAUAUUUUUCCAACUGGCCAAACAAACAGAAAUCCGGCAGCUCUCCACAUUCCUUCCUGCUAUGCUGAGAGUGUGUGAGACCAUGUGAGGUAGUAAAGUAGUCAGUACGUACCCCCAGGUUGGCCCUGUCGGUCUCGGUCGCCCCCCACCCCUGGUCAGAGAGGAAUGUAUGACGUCCUGACAAAAAACCAAGGCCCUAUUUAUCCACCCUCUGAACCUCUCCCUGCCUGCCUGUCUAUAAGCACUCCAGCACCAUAGUGUUUACGCCAACCCUGUCUGUCUCUGUCCGUCCGUCUGUCUGUUUGCCCAUCCCACAGCGCCUGCCUGCUUCCAAGAGGAGUAAACAUUCUCAUAUUCUCUGGUAACUAAAGGCACAACCUUACUUCAUCCCCUGGAGCGAACUUCCUCCCAAACCUACUUUAUUGAGGAAAUUAUUGUGUAAACACCGGUGUUGUUGAAUGUUCCCCCUCACAAGGACAUUUACAAGGUGGAGUCGCACUUGCAAACAUGAGGAACAUAUUGAUAACCCUGCUGGUCCAACAAUGCUUGGAGAGGUUGAAGGACCCUGGUGAAUGAAUGCAAUCAGCUUCUAUCUGAUGUAUUCUGUUUUAACCCACCUUAUCAUUUCCCCUUAUACAAUUUCAGUUCACAAAUACACUGUACAAGUCUCAUCAACAGGGUUGCCGUUGAUAAUGGCUGACCCUGGCCGUGACCCCACUCUCCGAUGGUGUCUCCGGGGGAGUUGGGACAUGCAAAAAAAAAAACAUUUCCAAUUCACACAUGCGUAUACACACUUGAACAUGUGUGAAAUAGGACAAAUGUAAGCACCCACCAAAUCAUAAUAAUUAUAAUUAUGAAACCAGAUGAAAAUAUCAAGCAUGGAGAAGGAAGGAAACCACAGAGAUGUAGACAAAAGUUUUAUCAAAAGCUGCAUGACCUCAUACAUAGUGUAAUAGGACCUUAUUUGAAUAUGUGGAAAGCUGAAAUCUGGAAAUGACGUAAAUAGACAAGUGGCUCAGGCUUGACUAAUAAUAAAUAAUAUAAAUAAUUGGUCAUUUAGCAGACGCUCUUAUCCAGAGCGACUUACAGGAGCAAUUAGGGUUAAGUGCCUUGCUCAAGGGCACAUCGACAGAUUUUUCACCUAGUCGGCUCGGGGAUUAGAACCAGCGACCUUUCGGUUACUGGCACAACGCUCUUAACCACUAAGCUACCUGCCGCCCAUACUUGACCAUACUUAUACUCUCUCUAUGUCUCUCACAUAGGUGCAUGCCUACAUCAUCAGCUACCUGAAGAAAGAGAUGCCGUCGUUGUUUGGGAAGGAGAAGAAGAAAGAGGAACUGAUCAUGAGACUUCCUGAGAUCUACACCAUACUGCAGAGAGAACACCACAUCUCCCCUGGAGACUUUCCCAAUGUCGUCAAGAUGCAGGUCACCAUGAAUAUGGCUACGUCCAAAAUGGCACCCUAUUCCCCUGCACUACUUUUGACCAGAGCCCUGGUCAAAGUUAGUGCACAAAAAAAUAGAAUAGGGUGCCAUUUGGGAUGCAUCAUAGGUUUUUAUCUAGGUGCAACUCAGUGGCUCAUCUGAAAUGCAGAGUAUUAUCAAAUACUGUAUGUACCCAUAGUCAUUUCAGUCAUCUUGCAUACCUCAACAUGAGUAGUGAAACGGUACUUGUAGAUACAAGUAAAGGGGUAGAUGGAGGGUGCAGUUCGAGGUUCUAUCUUAGAGGGAAGACCUCAAUUCCAUCUCCACCCUUUUCUUUAACAUCAACAGUUCAUCAAAACAUCAUAAUUGGGCAUCGUCUAGCACUGCUGGAAGUUGCCAUCCAGUUGAAAGCGAGGGACGGCCACACCUCUGCCACCUCCCCAGCUCUGUAUGAAAGCAGCUGUUUUCUGUCAGCUACAGAGAGUAGAGCGAGUUAGGCGUCAGAGGCAGACUGAGCUUGGCUUUGGAUUUGGAAGGAAAAAGCUCAACUCGUUGAACCUAGAGAAUCACCACAACACUUGAAGUGAGAACACUGCAACUGGUUGUGAGACAUUGUCUUGAGAGAAUGCUCCACUAUUGAACAGUGAGAAUGUUGUAGUGUGUACAGGUCCCUGAGGAGGACUGUAAUUCCCUGUCCUGUUAUUGUGUGUUGAGGAGAGGGACCACCCGCCAUAGUCUCAAAUUUCUCUGCUUUUUAGUCAUGGGUGUUUAUCUAACAAAAUGUUCAACACAGCACCUCCGAGACCUGAGGCCUUAAGCCAUGUAUGUAUCUGUCAAUCAGGAACAGUCAAACAAUGUAACUGUUACAUACCCUUUGGUCAUCCCACCCUAAUCCUAGCCCUGAGAUGACUGUAGUCAAUAAUGGAGUCAUAUCAGGGAUAGCCUAAUCCCUGCUUUACAGAUGUGGCCUAGAAGUUGCCUCAUAUACGACAAUGGACAGCUCAUGGCCACACAAGUCACUCAGGGUCAAUAUACACUACAUAACCACAAGUAUGUGGACACCUGCUCGUCGAACAUCUCAUUCCAAAAUCAUGGGCAUUAAUAGUUGGUCUCCAUAAUAGAGUUGGUCUCCAUUUGCUGCUAUAACAGCCUCCACUCUUCUGGGACGUCUUUCCACUAGAUGUUGGAACAUUGCUGCGUCGACUUGCUUCCAUUCAGCCACAAGAGCAUUAGUGAGGUUGGGCACUGUCGGCGUUCCAAUUCAUCCCAAAGGCGUUCGAUGGGGUUGAAGUCAGGGCUCUGUACAGGCUAGUCAAGUUCUUCCACACCGAUCUCGACAAAUUUUUGUAUGGACCUCGCUUUGUGCACGGGGGCAUUGUCAUACUGAAACAGGAAAGGGCCUUCCCCAAACUGUUGCCACAAAGUGGAAGCACAGAAUCAUGUAGAAUGUAAUUGUAUGCUGUAUCGUUAAGAUUUCCCUUCACUGGAACUAAGGGGCCUAGCCCAAACCAUGAAAAACAGCCCCAGACCAUUAUUCCGCCUCCACCAAACUUUACAGUUGACACCAUGCAUUGGGACAGGUAGUGUUCUCCUGGCAUCCGCCAAACCCAGAUUCGUCUGUCAGACUGCCAGAUGGUGAAGCGUGAUUCAUCACUCCAGAGAACGCGUUUCCACUGCUCCAGAGUCCAAUGGCGGCGAGCUUUAGACCACUCCAGCUGAUGCUCGGCAUUGCGCAUGGUGAUCUUAGGCUUGUGUGCAGCUGCUCGGCCAUGGAAACCCAUUUCAUGAAGCUCCCGACGAACAGUUCUUGUUCUUGUGCUUCCAGAGACAGUUUGGAACUCGGUAGUGAGUGUUGCAACCGAAGACAGACGUGCUUCAGCACUCGGCGGUCCCGUUCUGUGAGCUUGUGUGGCCUACCACUUCGCGGCUGAGCCGUUGUUGCUCCUAGACGUUUCCACUUCACAAUAACAGCACGUACAGUUGACCGAGGCAGCUCUAGCAGGGCAGAAAUUUGACGAACUGACUUGUUGGAAAGGUGUCAUCCUAUAACGGUGCCACGUAGAAAGUCACUGAGCUCUUCAGUAAGGCCAUCCUAAUGCCAGUGUUUGUCUAUGGAGAUUGCAUUUGCUGUGUGCCAGAUUUCUACACGCUACGCGCUUCAGCACUCGGUGUUCCCGUUCUGUGAGCUUGUGUGGCCUACCACUUUGCGGCUGAGCUGUUGUUGCUCCUUGAUGUUUUUGUCUAUAGAGAUUGCAUGGCUGUGUGCUCAACGCGGUGACCCGAUCCUGUAGGUUCAUGCUCUACAACAUUCGGAGAGUACGACCCUGCCUUACACAGGAAGCGGCACAGGUCCUAAUCCAGGCACUUGUCAUCUCCCGUCUGGAUUACUGCAACUCGCUGUUGGCUGGGCUCCCUGCCUGUGCCAUUAAACCCCUACAACUCAUCCAGAAUGCCGCAGCCCGUCUGGUGUUCAACCUUCAAGUUCUCUCACGUCACCCGGCUCCUCCGCACACUCCACUGGCUUCCAGUUGAAGCUCGCAUCUGCUACAAGACCAUGGUGCUUGCCUACAGAGCUGUGAGGGGAAUGGCACCUCCGUACCUUCAGGCUCUGAUCAGUCCCUACACCCAAACGAGGGCAUUGCGUUCAUCCACCUCUGGCCUGCUGGCCCCCCUACCUCUGCGGAAGCACAGUUCCCGCUCAGCCCAGUCAAAACUGUUCGCUGCUCUGGCACCCCAAUGGUGGAACAAGCUCCCUCACGACGCCAGCACAGCGGAGUCACUCACCACCUUCCGGAGACACUUGAAACCCCACCUCUUUAAGGAAUACCUGGGAUAGGAUAAAGUAAUCCUUCUACCCCCCCUUACCCCACCCCCCAAAAAAUAUAAAUAAUAAUAAUAAUAAUAAUACAUAUUGUAAAGUGGUUAUCCCACUGGCUAUAAGGUGAAUGCACCAAUUUGUAAGUCGCUCUGGAUAUGAGCAUCUGCUAAAUGACGAAAAUGUAAAUGUAAUGUAAUGCUCAAUUUUAUACACCAGUCAGCAAUGGGUGUGGCUGAAAUAGCCAAAUCCACUAAUUUGAAGGGGUGUCCAUAUACUUUUGUAUAUAUAGUGUAUCUAUUGCCAAGAGAUUUUGUAUGGUUUAAGACAGGGGUGUCAAACUCAUUUUAGCUCAGGGGCCACAUGGAGGAAAAUCUAUUCCCAAGUGGGCCGGACCGGAAAAAUCAUGGUAUAUAUAUAACUUAAAAACAACAACUUCAGAUUGUUUCCUUUGUUUUAAUACGAUCAACAUACAACAUAAAGCUGGAGCCUGAGGACAGUGUGUCCAAAAUAGUACAAGCACAACAUCACUAUUAAUCAUGAAACAUUCUAAAGAAAAUUCUAAAGAAAAAGAACACACAAACACACAAUGCCUCAGUGAUUAACAGAACUGUUUCACAGAUCACAGAACUAUAUCAGGGUGUCAUUUCUCAGGCAGAAAUGUAGAUAAAAAUAAUGAAAUCCUGUUCCCCAAACAAGUGCAAGAACCACAGAGUCAAGAAAAUGUUAAAUAUACAAAUAAAAUAAAAACAAUUAAAAACAAUAGCACAUCAACAUAAAAACAUAUAAACAUAAAUCUGAAAGCGUUGCUCAAACUCCCGUAACAGUCCCGUUAUUUUAUCUUUGAACCGCUUCAUGUCUGCCACAUGUUGGGUCGCGCACACAUUUUUCAGACAGGGGAAGUGAGCUGCAUCACCACCGGCAAGUUGCGUCUCCCACAAUGACAGCUUCAACUUGAAAGAACGUAUGCUGUCAUAAUACUGCGUGACAACUUUGUUGCGCCCUUGCAGCUGUUUGUUCAAGUUAUUCAGGUGCUCUGUAACAUCCACCAUAAAUGCAAGGUCCGGCAUCCAUUCUGCGGAAUGAAAUUCUAACACUGGUUUGCCCUUUUCUUCCAUGAACUGUUCAAUUUCUUCUCGUAAAUCAAAGAAACGCCUCAGCACAGCACCUCGGCUUAACCAUCUUACCUCAGUGUGGUAUGGCAGGCCAUAGAUGUGGUCUUUCUCUCUGAGAAGGCUGUCAAACUGACGGUGAUUCAGGCUUCUGGAUCGGAUGAAAUUAAGUUUGGAUGACCACCUUCAUGACGUUAUCCAUCUUUAAUGACUUGCAACACAAAGCCUCCUGGUGCAAAAUACAGUGAAAAGUCAAAAAAUCACGUCCUCCAUUUGCAGAUUGCACUUUCUCUCUGAACUUUGUCACAACGCCUGCUUUUUUCCCGAUCAUUGAGGGCGCAUCAUCUGUAGCCAGGCUGACAGCGCGGGACCAGUCCACUCCGACCCUGUCCAGCGCGCCGACGAGUGCGGUAAAAAUAUCAGCUGCUGUCGUUGUAUCUGUCAUCGGCACCAACUCCACGAACUCCUCGGUGACGGUCAAUGUGUCAUCAACUCCGCGGAUGAAAAAAUGGCCAGUUGUGCAACAUCUGUAAUGUCCGUGCUUUCAUCAAUUGCAACCGAAAACGCAAUAAAUGACUUUACUUUUUGCUUCAACUGGCUGUCCAAAUCCACUGAAAGAUCGGAAAUCCUGUCUGCAACUGUGUUUCUUGUCAGGCUGAUAUUUGCAAAAGCCUGCCGCUUUUCAGGGCACACAAUCUCCGCUGCCUUUAUCAUGCAUGUUUUUACAAAUUCACCCUCACUAAAUGGUUUUGAAGUCACUGCGAUUUCAUUAGCAAUGAGGUAGCUAGCUUUCACUGCAGCGUCACUGAUGUCUCGGCUGUGAGUAAACACAGACUGCUGUUUCUUCAGACCCGCCAACAGUUCAUUCACCUUCUCUCAUCUCCGCUGUCCUUGAAAGUUGUCAUAUUUGUCGGCAUGAAGACUCACAUAGUGGCGACGAAGGUUAUAUUCUUUCAGCACUGCAACAUGCUCUGAACACACCAAACAUACAGCUUUCCCAUUCAAUUCCGUGAUUAAAUAGGAUGACCAUUUUUCUUGGAACACUCUGCACUCUGCGUCCACUUUUCUCUUUUUUGACAGAGACAUAUUGGAGCAAUGAGGGUGCCAAAGCACAUAAUGUUAAAAGUAGAAGCCGUAAUAAAUAUCGCGGGCAAAACAAAGUAGCUCAUUGGCUGCACGUGCUUGACCUACUUGCUCUGCCCCGGUAUAAAGUUUGCUUGCUUAACACAAUUACUAUUGCGCCAUCCAGUGGAUGCAAUUGGAACAGCAGUUUAUUUUAUUGAAAAAUUGCAGCGCAUUUUUAUACUUUACAAAAUCAUUAUUUUUUUUAUAUAUUUUUUUGAAAUCAUCUCGCGGGCCGGAUUAAACCCGUUUGCGGGCCUGAUCCGGCCCGCGGGCCGUACGUUUGACACCCCUGGUUUAAGAUAUGACCUGCACCCUACGCAUGUCAAUCAAUAAAAUGUAUUUAUAGAGCCCUUUUUACAACAGCAGUUGUCACAAAAUGCUUAUACAGAAACAGAGUCUAUUAAAACUCCAGAGAGCAAGCAAUGCAGAUGUAGAGGCACGGUGGCAUUAAAACCUUGAAAUCAGCCCUAGCCUUAACAGAAAGCCAGUGUAGGGAGGCUAGCACUGGGGUAAUAUUUUUGUUGUUGUUGUUCUAGUCAAGAUUCUAGCAGCCAUAUUUAGCACUAGCUGAAGUUCAUUUGGUGCCUUAUCUGGUUAGCCGGAGAGUAGAGCAUUGCAGUAGUCUAAUCUUGAAGUGACAAAAGCAUGGAUUAGCUUUUCUGCAUCUAAUUUGGACAAAAAGUUUCAGAUUUUUGCAAUGUUACGAAGAUGAAAAAAUGCUUGAAAUAUCUUGAAAUAUUUUUUAUAUGUUCGUCCGGAAUUCCGGAAAAUGCAGUUGUCGAGGAAAGCUUUCUGAUGAAAAGCGAGAAGAGGUGUUUGAAUGACUCAGAGACACUGUAUCUGACCUUUUGUAGGGUAGGAGGGACGCCCCUCCCCGACGCACACACUCGAUGUCCAGUCAGUCAUGGCUGGCGUAGUGUAAUAAAGGCUUCUGGCAAAUACGCUGGGGGCGUAUCCCAUAAGUGAAAUACCGAAACAACUACUUGAACGAGAACUGUUUGUUUCUUGGGACCUAGAACUAGCUUCUCUGUUUUGUCUGAGUUUAAAAUUAAAACAUUUGCCGCCAUCCACUUCCUUGUCUGAAACACAGGCUUCCAGGGUAGGCAAUUUUGGGGUUUCACCAUGUUUCAUCGAAAUGUACAGAUGUGUGUCGUCUGCAUAGCAGUGACCGUUUACAUUGUGGUUCCGUAUGACAUCACCAAGAGGUAGCAUAUAUAGUGAAAACAGAGGACAAACCAUCCACAGAGAAGAACUGAUACUUUUCCGACAGAUAGGAACUAAACCAGGCAAGAACUUGUUCACGUAGACCAAUUGCGGUUUCCAAUCUUUCCAAAAGAAUGUGGUGAUCGAUGGUGUCGAAAGCGGCACUACGGUCUAGGAGCACGAGGAUAGUCUCAGAGCCUUGGUCUGACGCCAUUAAUGGUCAUUUAACCACCUCCACGAGUGUGGUCUUAGUACUAUGAUUGGGACUAAAACCAGACUGGAGCAUUUUGUAUACAUUAUUUUUCUUCAGGAAGGCAGUGAGGUGCUGAGCAACAGCUUUUUCAAACAUUUUUGAGAGGAAUGGGAGAUUCGAUAUAGGCCGAUUAGUGUAUUAAAAACAUUUCUGGGUCAAGGUUUGGCUUUUUCAGGAGAUGCUUUAUUAUUGCCAAUUUGGUACACAUCCGGAGGAUAGGGAGCCGUUUAUUAUGAUCAAAUCAAAUCAAAUGUUAUUUAUCACAUGCGCCUACUACAACAGGUGUAGACCUUUCCAUGAAAUGCUUACUUACAAGCCCUUAACAACAAUGCAGAGGUUUUGCUUUAAAAUUUAAAACAUUUUUUUUUUUAAUAAACGAAAGUAAAAAAAAAUAAAAAAUUGUUACAAUAAAAUAACAAUAACAAGGCUUUAUACAGGGGGUGCCGGUACCGAGUCCAUGUGGGGGGGGGUACCGGUUAGUCGAGGUAAUUGAGGUAGUAUGUACAUGUAGGUAGGGGUAUAGUGACAAUACAUAGACAAUAAACAGCAGUGUAAAAAAGGGGGUCAAUGCAAAUAGUCCGGGUAGCCAUUUGAUUAACUGUUUAGCAGUCUUGUGGCUUGGGGAUAGAAGCUGUUAAGGAGCCUUUUGGACCUAAACUUGACGCUCUGGUACCGCUUGCCGUGCGGUAGCAGAGAGAACAUUCUAUGACUUGGGUGGCAGGAGUCUUUGAUAACCUUUAGGGCCUUUCUCUGACGCUGCCUGGUAUAGAGGUCCUGGAUGUCAUGAAGCUUGGCCCCAGUGAUGUACUGGGCUGUACGUACUACCCUCUGUAGCACCUUGCGGUCGGAUGUCGAGCAGUUGCCAUACCAAGCGGUGAUGCAACCAGUCAGGAUGCUCUCAAUGGUGCAGUUGUAUAACCUUUUGAGGAUCUGAGGACCUAUGCCAAAUCUUUUCAGUCUCCUGAUGGGGAAUAGGUGUUGUCGUUCCCUCUUCACAACUGCCUUGGUGUGUUUGGAUCAUAAUAGUUUGUUAGUGAUGUGGACACCAAGGAACUUGAAGCUCUCAACCCGCUCCACUACAGCCCGUCAAUGUGAAUGGGGGCGUGCUCGGCCCUCCUUUUCCUGUCGUGUAUGAUUAGCUCCUUUGUCUUGCUCACUUUGAGGGAGAGGUUGUUGUCCUGACACCACACUACUAGGUCUCUGACCUCCUCCCUAUAGGCUGUCUUAUCAUUGUCGAUGAUCAAGCCUACCACCGUUGUGUCGUCGGCAAACUUAAUGAUUGUGUUGGAGUCGUGCAUGGCCACGCUGUCGUGGGUGAACAGGGCGUACAGGAGGGGACUAAGCACGCACCCUGAGGGACCCCCGUGUUAAGGAUCAGCAUGGCAGAUGUGUUGUUGCCUACCCUUACCACCUCAACAUAGGAGGGCCAAGCACAUGAAGUAGCUCUUUCAGUAGUUUAGUUGGAAUAGGGUCCAGUAGACAGCUGAAUGUUUCGAGAGAUACAGGAUUUAAAAACGUGUGUCUUUCCAUUGAUACGAGGUCAUGGCAGUUCUGUGCAGACUCAGGACAACUGUGUUUUGGAGAAAUAGCCAUAUUCAAGGAGGAGUCCGUAAAUUUUCUUCAAAUGUUCAUGAUCUUUUCGUUGAAGAAGUUCAUGAAUUCAUCACUGCUGAAGUGAAGGCCAACCUCACUUGGGGAAUGCGGCUUUUUAGUUAGCUUUGAACAGUAUCAAAAAUAAAUGUAUUGUUUUUAUUCUCAAUCAGGUUGGAAAAAUAGGCUGAUUGGGCAGCAGUGAGGGAUUUUCGAUAUUGCAUGCUAGUCGGAAGACUUCCAAUUUGGUGGAGCGACAUUUCCGUUCCAAUUUUCUGGAAGCUUGCAUCAGUGCUUGGGUCAUUUCUGUAUACCAGUGAGCUAGUUUCUUGUGAGACAUUUGUUGUUUUUAGCAGUGUGACUGCAUCUAGGAUAUUACCAAAGGUUACGUUUAGAUCCUUGGUUAGGUAGUUAACAGAUUUUUGUACUCUGACGUCCUUCCUCUGGAAGAGCAUCAAGGAAUAUUUUGGUUGUCUGAGAAUUUAUAGCGCAGCUUUUGAUAAUCCUUGGUUGGGGUCUAAGCAAAUUAUUUGUUGCAAACGUAAAACGAUGGUAAUCCGAUAGUCCAGAGUUAUGAGGAAAAACAUUUAGAUACACAAUAUCUAUUCCACGGGACAAAGCUAGACCCAGGGUAUGAUUGUGGCAAUGCGUAGGUCCCGAGACAUGUUGGAUAAAACCCACUGAGUCGAUGAUGGCUCCGAAAUUAUUUUGGAGUGGGUCUUUGGACUUCUCCAUGUGAAUAUUGAAGUCACCAAAAAUGUGAAUACUAUCUGCCAUGACUACAAGGUUCGAUGGGAAUUCAGGGAACUCAGUGAGGAACACUGUAUAUGGCCCAGGAGGCCUGUAAACAGUAUCUAUAAAAAUUGAUUGGGUAGGCUGCAUAGAUGUGGGAAGGUGUUGUCUUACUGCAGGGUUCUCAAAUCCUGUUCCUGGAGAGCUACUGUCCUGUAGGUUUUCGCUCCAACCGUAAUCUAGCACACCUGAUUGUAAUAAUUAGCUGGUUGAUGGGCUGAAUCAGGUUAGUUACAACUCUGGUUGGAUCGAAAACCUACAGGAGGGUAGCUCUCCAGGAAUAGGGUUGGAGAGCCCUGUCUUACUGUAAUGUGGGCUUUUGUGAAGCAGGACGUGAUAUAAAUGAUAUUGAUCCCUGUUUCUUAAACUUUCUUGCUGUCUUUGUUUUUACAGGAGCAGCUCCAGCACUAUGACUUCAGCAAGUUCCCCUCCCUGAAGAUGAAGCUGAUCGAGUCUGUGGACAAGAUGUUGGCUAACAAGAUCUCUGGCCUGAUGACCAUGAUCCGAGACGAGGAGAGCAAGGCACCCCCAGCCAUGGUGAGCGGCGGGGCCUUUGAGGGCUCCCAAGACGGGCCCUUUGGCCAGGGUUACGGAGAGGGCAUCAGCGCCGGGUCUGACUGCGAGGACUGGAUCGUGAGCCGUGACAAACACAAGUACGAUGAGAUUUUCUACUCCAUGAAUCCCAUCAACGGGAAGAUCAGUGGAGUCAACGCCAAGAAGGAGAUGAUGAGCUCCAGUCUGCCCAACACAGUCCUGGGGAAGAUCUGGAAGCUGGCAGACUGUGAUAAAGACGGCAUGCUGGAUGACGAGGAGUUUGCCCUGGCGCAGCACCUGAUCAAGGUGAAGCUGGAGGGGUACGAGCUGCCCACCGAGCUACCUCACCACCUGGUGCCUCCCGCCCACAGGAAGGACAAGGUCGCUGACAUCCUCUACAACCACGACGAGGAC